AUGUCUGACCAAAAUGUCCGCAACGCUGGUUUCACUUCCUCCGGGAUCACAGGAGGGUCGCUUGCUUCUUCAUUGAUGUCCCAGGAAGCAAGAGCGUCUGGGGGAGGCGUGCGUGCUGGAGGCCCUACUGCUACUCUCCAAGAAAUGGGUGCCAGAGGCUCAACCCAUUCAUCAGGUUUUACCAGCAGUGGGAUCUCCGGUGGAUCCCAGGCCUCCCAGAUGAUGUCCCAGGAGGCCAGAUCCCACGGAGGUGGAACUCCCAGGGGUGGUACAACUUCCACUGUCCAGUCCAUCUCUAUGGGUGGCAGAGGAGGAAGGCACUGA